AUGAAUCCUUCUCAAGGAACUGAGCUUAAAUCUGUUCUCGUGCAGAUAACUGUUCAACGUGGGAAUAACAUGAGAGGCAGCAAGACAGAAUCCCUCCUUAGUUUCGUUCGAGCCGAAUUCAGUGACACAGUUCUGGGAGAGUCGCAAAGAAUCGAUGCAUUGGUUGAUGAGGUGGUACAUUAUAAUUUCACCUGCAGCUUCGAAUGUUCAGAAUUUGCUUACACGCUCGAUGACGUGGCGCAUAAACCUGUCUUGUUGACAGUGAUUGAGGUGCUACCAAAGGAGAAAAAGCAAAAGGAAGAGAAGACGGCCAUUGUGGGACAAGCUGUUGUGGACCUGUUGCCUCUGUUGCAAGGACAGUGCAGUCUGUCAUCCUCUCUUCUGCUGUACCCUACCUCUGGCUCCUUGGCUGAGACUGCUUCUCAAGAUGAGAGCAUUAAGCCAACACUGGAUGUCACCAUCUGCGUCUGCGAACCUUUGCUCUCGGAUAUCCAGAUCGCAAACUCCAAUCUGUUAAAAGUCACUGUGGAGACAGCAUACUCAGUUCCAGAGGUCUGGAACCAAGUUUCUGGAAAUCCCUCUAGUUAUGUUGCAGCUCUACAAGUCCCUCUCACUGCUGCGAAAGAACAAGUCCUAAUGUUCUCUAAUGGGGUUUUGAAAGUUGGUGGGGAGAGGGAGCCUUUUCCCAGGCCCAAAAAGUGGCCCCUUGGUCCCCUCCAAGCCUCUGGAGCACAGUUCAUACCGGACUCUAUAAUCGAGUCCUCUGAGAUGGAGUAUGGAGAUCUCACCAGUGCUGAGGACAGGGAAUUCAGAGCUGAGGCUGAGUGUAAUAGACUCAGAGUGUGUUGGGACACUGAACGCCGCUGCUUUAUUGAUGCCGGGGGUGCAGCCUGUCUUGCAGGCAAGAUUGUUGAAUGCAGACUAUGGCCAGUAGAGAUAAUGAGGUCGACACAGGCUGGAGCGGCUAAAGGAGGAAAAGCUGGCAAAGAGAAGCCAGGAGAAGAUGAGACCCAGAUUUCCUUUCAUGGAGUUGCCUAUGUGGACAUGGCACCACUGUUGUAUCCAGGGGUCAAAUGUAUUCGUGGAGCUUAUCGACUGUACCCUUUCUACGAGUCUGACCUUCUGAUCAAGGCCAAACGGAAUAUCAGUAGUCUGCGAGAGAGCAUUAGAGCGCCAGCGACACAUACCAGAGGUCGUGUCCCCUCUUCUGUUGGCUCCUGCAAAGUAGCCCAGAGUAAAGUCUUUGAAGCUCAGAAAGGGGGCAAAGAUGCCAAGGAAUCUCCCAAAAAGGGGAAGCCUGCCCAAGCUGAUAGUGUGACUGAGGUAGAACCUCAAGUAAAUGUGGAAGGACAGAUGUAUGCAGAUUCAAAAUCAUACAUUAUCAUUGAAAUUGCCUUGGAAAAACCAUUGGUUCCAAAGAGACCACCAGAGGAACUUGCAAAACGAGUAAUGGAGCUGAUCCCUCCUAGACCUCCACUCCCCCGUCGACCAGCAGGAGCAGACAGAGCUGUGCAGGAGUACCAGGCUCAGGUAGCCAAUGUAGUAACCCAGAUCCUGGAUCAGUACCAGCAGCUGUUUGGUGCGGCUUUUGCACUGGGGGCGAAACUCUUAGACCCCUCCGCUCAGGAACAGUGCAAGAGACAGAUCCUUGGCGAGCUCAACUACUCUGGGAAGUACUUUGCAUUCAAAGAGCAAUUAAAAUACUCGGUGGUGCGGAUCGUUCGUGAGAAGAUGCUGCGGACAGAGGCCUUUACUGACCCUGCACAGCUCCAAGCCUUUCUCAGCCAGCUCUACGUUUUCCUGGUGGACCAGAUGCAUGUGACUCUCAAUAAGACUCUGUCAGUGGAUGCCCAAGAGACUCAGCCGCAGCCAUUGUUGGACUGUGCCCAGCUGAGGCACUUUGCCAGGGAAGCCCAGAUGAAUCAGGACCACAAGCUGGCUGCCCAGUACUACCAAGAGCGGGUGGCUCGAGACCGCAGUAAUCCUGACCACUGGUUUGACUAUGGAACCUAUCACAUGCUGGUGGCAGACUUCCUGAAAGCAGAGGAGUGUUUCCAUCAGGCUGUAUCCAUUUAUCAAGCACAUUUACCCAGCUUACUCAUGUGUGGGAUUUUGGCAGAGAUGAAUGGACGCUAUGAAGAUGCUGAGACCUUUUUUGAAGGGGCCACUUGUGUGGAUACGAAAAGUGUUGUGGCCUGGACCCUAUUUGGUCUGUUCUAUCAGGCUCAGGAGAAAUCAAUCCAGGCAGAAAUGGCUUUCUUGGAGGCCACUAAGCAGCUGAGGGCAGCCGUCUUCUGCAGCCCACGCAGCCAGCCGGAGUCAGGAAGAGAUGAAGAGAAGAAUGAGGAAACCACAGAGACUACAAAGAAUGAAACAGGUGACCACCCCUGCAUCGCUAUUAUGGGCAACACAGAGAAUGCUGAGGUUGGUUCUCAUAGCAGCCAGGACAGUGAUGCAGGCAAAGAGACAACUGAUCCCGAACCUGCGGGUGCGCCACACAAAACUGCUCCCAUCAGAAACCGCACCAGUAUUUACAUGGAGACAGUCCAGUUCCUACUUGAGAACGGUGCUUCACAGAUGGCCCAAAGAGCCCUGGCUCAAGAGCUGUUGUGUCCAGAGAGGAGUCCCAGCAGUUUCUAUCACCUGGCUCUGGCCCGGCUACAGCUGCUGAAAGGGGAGUACCGCAGUGCUGAGGCCAGUCUGAGGCAGGCACUCACCGGGGGCUUUGAGAACCCUGAUGUCUGGGCAACGUACGGUCAUUUGCACUUCCUGACUGAGGAUCACAGUCAAGCUCAGAAGUGCUAUGAGCGGACCCUUGACUUUGUGACCGAUGCCUCAGACACACACCUCAUCUAUCUACGCCUGGGCUCCAUCUACCUGCAACAAGGACAGUUUGAAAAGGCCAAAAUGACAUACCUUCGUGCCUGCAAGAGCUCCCCCUCAUGCCUCACCUGGCUGGGGUUAGGGAUUGCCUGCUACCGGCUCGGGGACAUGACCGAAGCAGAGGUUGCUCUGACGGAGGCCAACACCCUAAAUAAUGGAAAUCCAGAUGUCUGGGCCUACCUGUCACUGGUUUGUUUACAGACAAGCAGAAAGCUUGAAGCAGAACAGUCCUAUAAGUAUGCCAUUAAGCUGAACUUAAAAAACGAGUCCCUUUUACAGGAGAUCAAGGAGCUGCAGAUUCAUGUUGGGUUUGGCAAUCCUUGUUUCUGA